UUUGGUCGAAAUAAACAAGCAGAGCAGAAAACCCCCCACACGCUUUAGUUGGCCGUCCGUCCGUCCGUCUCUGAGGAGCACACAGCAGUCGAUUUUAAACUGCAGCUACAGAGGUCAGGUCAGGGGACACAGCCUGAGCGGCUGGCUGGCGGGGGCUAGCGAGCGGCGCCACAGCGCAGCACGCAGAGAGCCAGGGCGGCGGCCAUGGCGAGCGCGGCGAGUGGCGGCGGCGGGUCGCUGAAGCGGAUGGGCCCGCUCCGGGUACAGUACUACAUCGUGAUGGGCGCGGUGGCAGCGGCGGUGGUGCUGGCCACGCUGCGCUACAUGCCGGGGCCAGCCGUCCCGGCGACCACCGCCCGUACCAGCGGAGGCGGCGUCGUGCGCUCGGCCCCAGCAGCCGCGGCCGUCCCUGUGCCCGUGCCCGCCGUGGAGGUAGAAACGGGGGAGGAUGAGCAGGCGCAGAGGAGGAGGAGGAGGAGGAAGAAGAAGGGUGACGGGGUCGUGCUCUUCAACUUCGGCGACUCCAACAGCGACACGGGCGGCGUGGCGGCGGUCAUGGGGAUCCGCAUCGCGCCGCCGGAGGGCAGGGCCUACUUCCACCACCCCACGGGGCGGCUCUCCGACGGACGCGUCAUCCUCGACUUCAUCUGUGAGAGCCUGGGCAUGCCGCACCUGAGUCCGUUCAUGAAGCCGCUGGGCUCCAACUUCUCCAACGGCGUCAACUUCGCCAUUGCAGGGUCCACGGCCAUGCCGGGAGUAACCACCUUCUCGCUGGACGUGCAGGUGGAUCAGUUCGUCUUCUUCAAGGAGAGAUGCCUCGACUCCAUCGAGAGAGGUGAGAGUGCCCCGAUUGUUGAGAAGGCGUUCCCAGAUGCUAUAUACACCAUGGACAUCGGGCACAACGAUAUAAACGGUGUUCUCCACUUGCCCUAUCAUACAAUGCUCGAAAAUCUCCCCCCAGUAAUUGCUGAAAUCAAGAAAGCCAUCGAGAGGUUGCACGAGAAUGGAGCCAGGAAGUUCUGGAUACAUGGAACGGGAGCAUUAGGGUGCAUGCCUCAGAAGCUUUCUAUGCCGAGGGAUGACGACAGCGACCUCGAUGAGCAUGGAUGCAUCGCAAGCAUUAAUAAUGUCUGCAAGAAGUUCAAUUCCUUGCUGAGUGAAGCCUUGGACGAGCUGCGUUUGACACUGAAAAGUUCGACUAUCGUCUUUGUGGAUAUGUUCGCUAUCAAGUAUGAUCUUGUUGCCAACCACACGAAAUAUGGGAUUGAGAAGCCAUUGAUGACAUGUUGUGGUCAUGGAGGCCCCCCUUACAACUAUGACCCCAAGGAGAGCUGCAUGACUUCGGACAAAUACCUGUGCAAGCUUGGCGAAAAGUUCAUAAGCUGGGACGGGGUUCACUUCACUGAUGCUGCAAAUGGCAUUGUGGCUUCCAAAGUACUCAGUGGUGAGUACAACAUUCCCAGGGUCAAGCUGGCCAGCCUCGUCCCCGUUCCAAAAUCUGACGAUUAAUGGUGAUGCAGCACCUUAAUUGGCCUUUAGUUUGGCCUAUCAAGGAUGAUGAAGAUGAAACUACUAACAAAACUGACACCACCGAAGUUUAAUUAUUUUGAGGUUCUUACGUUACAUCCAUUGUAGAAGAAGACUUUCCUUUUGUUUACUUCUCUUUUUGUACAAUCGGCGCAUAUGUAUAUCCUAGGGUUAAUAUAUGGCGAUGCAGGUGUCUGUACCAUGUAUAAUUUUCUUUUUGAAUUUUGGGUCUGUUGG